AUGGCUGUGGAGAGUGUAAUUAUAGAAGAUUCUGUGACGAGUCGCGAAGACGCGGAGAGAACGAGCGCGGCGAAUAUAAGAGACGUCGUGAAGUUUGCAUCUGGACGGAUAUAUCUAUCACAGGUGUGGUUGCACCUGGACUGGAUUGCCAAUGUGCCAGUACGCAAUGCGGGCACCUUGGCAGGCAACUUGUCGAUCAAGCAUGCACAUCCCGAGUUCCCCUCAGAUGUCUACAUUGUGAUGGAGGCUUUGAAUGCAAAGGUGAUCGUUCAAGAGUCGGCAUCAAAGCAGGAAGCCAUCAGCUUAGACAGCUAUUUGAAACUCAACAUGCAGGGCAAGCUUAUUCGUGGAUUUAUUCUUCCAGCUUAUUCCAAGGAGGAAUUCAUUUUCGAUUCCUAUAAGAUACUGCCGCGUGCUCAGAACGUACAUGCCUAUGUCAACGCUGGAUUUUUGAUAGAAUGGCAUGAUGCCAACUCUCAGGUGAAAAGUGCCCGCGUUUGCUUUGGUGGUAUUCGACCGGACUUUGUGCACGCAUCUUCUAUUGAGAAGCUGCUGAUUGGCAGCAAUCCCUUUGAGAAUUCUUUGCUAGAGCGGGCUUUUAGCAAUCUGGAAUCCAUUCUUCAGCCUGAUGAAGUGCUACCUGACGCUUCGCCUGCCUAUAGACGCAAGCUGGCCUGCGGCUUGUUCUACAAGUUCCUUCUGAAGGCGGCGACUCAACGUCAAAAGACAGUCGCGAAGAAGCAUGAAACGGGAGGUCUGCUGCUACAACGUCCAGUUUCUAGUGGAAAGCAGAGCUUUGAGACAUUUUCACAGCAUUACCCGGUGACGAAACCAACGGAUAAGCACGAGGGUCUCAUUCAAUGUGCUGGUGAGGCUACUUAUGCCAACGAUCUUCCCACGCAACACAAUCAGCUGUGGGCAGCGUUUGUGACUGCGAAACGAAUUGGUGCAGUGGUCACCAAAGUGGACAUAUCGGCUGCUAUGGCUCUGGAUGGUGUGGUGGCAUAUUUGGACGCAAAGGAUAUACCUGGACCCAACGAUGUGGCGCCUGCUACAAAGGAUCCGCACUUCUUUCCAACGGAGCAACAAUUGUUUGCUACGGGACCUAUAAAGUUCUAUGGCCAGCCAAUUGGAAUGUUGUUAGCCACAUCAAAUUCUUUGGCUAAUCGUGCAGUGGAGUUGGUUGAAGUAAGCUACAAAGGGGGAGCGGAGCAAGUGUUGCCCAGCAUGAAACAUGUGCUAGCUGCGGCUGCCUCUGGCGACCGCAUCAAACAUACUAUCAAGUCACUUAUCAGCAACUUGGACUUAAAAGAAGAACACGAGGUGUCCUCAAGCGGACAACUGGAUAUGGGCUUGCAAUAUCAUUAUUUUAUGGAACCCCACACGACUGUUGUGGUGCCCUUUGAAGGUGGACUUCAGGUUUACUGCGCUACGCAGUGGAUGGACUUGACACAAGAUAUCAUUUCGAAAAUGCUAAAACUGAGAAACAAUGAGGUGCAGGUGAAGACGCGUCGAAUUGGUGGCGGGUAUGGUGGUAAGGCCGAGUGUUCUAGCAUGGCAGCUACGGCGGCUGCCUUGGCAGCUUUUAAGCUUAAUCGACCCGUGCGCUUCGUGCAAUCGUUGGAGUCCAUAAUGACCUCAUUGGGAAAACGUUGGGCUUUUCAUUUGGACUACGACUUCUUCGUUAAGUCAAAUGGCAGAAUUGUGGGCAUAAACAGUCGCUUCUAUGAGGAUGCAGGUUUCAUGCAAAAACUUUGUCCGCUUGGCCAUACCCAGCUGUUGUCCAAGAACUGCUAUGAGUUUAGUGAUAACUAUAAGCUUGAUGGCUACGUGGUAUGUUCAGACUCUCCCAGCAGCACAGCCUGUCGUGCUCCAGGCUCCGUUGAAGGCAUUGCUCUAAUUGAGAACAUCAUCGAGCACAUUGCCUUCGAAACUGGUGUGGACCCAGCGGAUGUUCGCUAUGCCAACAUGUUGCCUGCUCAUAAAAUGGGUGAAAUGAUGCCCAGAUUCCUCACAAGCACACACUAUAAGCAGCGCCGUGCUGAAAUCAUGAAUCACAACAUAGAGCAUCGCUGGCAUAAACGCGGCUUAGGCUUAUGCAUAAUGGAGUAUCAAAUCGGUUACUUUGGGCAGUAUCCAGCUACCGUGGCGAUUUAUCAUGGUGAUGGUACUGUCGUUAUUGCUCAUGGGGGCAUUGAAAUGGGCCAAGGCAUGAACACCAAGAUUGCACAGGUUGUUGCUCAUACGCUCGAAAUUCCGUUGGAUCAGAUACGUAUCGAGGCAAGUGAUACGAUUAAUGGUGCCAACUCUAUGGUCACUGGCGGCGCCGUGGGCAGUGAAAUGCUUUGCUUUGCUGUUCGCAAAUCGUGUGAGACUCUCAACUCUCGCUUGGCGCCACUCAAGGAAGAAAUAAAGCCGGAGAGCUGGCAGCAACUCAUCAAUGAGGCUUAUAAUCGGAAGAUCAAUUUGAUAGCCAACGAACAGUGCAUACAGCAAGACAUGGAACCAUAUUCCGUUUGCGGUUUGGCUCUCACUGAAGUGGAGCUAGAUGUACUCACAGGCAACUAUAUGGUCAAGCGGGUGGACCUUUUGGAAGAUACUGGCGAGAGCUUGAAUCCCAAUGUGGAUAUUGGUCAGAUCGAGGGAGCUUUUAUCAUGGGCUUGGGUUACUGGACUAGCGAACAAAUUGUCGUUGAUCCUGUUACAGGCGAAUGCCUUACGAAUCGCACUUGGAACUACAAGCCACCUGGUGCCAAGGAUAUACCCAUUGAUUUCCGCAUCGAACUGCUGCCCAAGAGCCCCAACAAAGCGGGCUUCAUGAGAUCCAAAGCAACUGGAGAGCCUGCAAUUUGCCUGUCUGUUUCAGUGGCGUUUGCCUUGCAGCAAGCGCUACAGGCGGCGCGUGACGACGCUGGUGUGCCCAAGUCCUGGGUAACGCUGAAUGCGCCAAUGACACCCGAGCUGAUGGUCCUGCAUGCUGGCACGAAGGCGAGUGAACUCAGAUUAAGCUAAACGGUAUGUUUGCUUGAGCCCAACUCUAGAUAAAAUACGUGACCAGCAAGUCUUUACAGGCCAAGUAAGCUUCUAAUAAUGCAACUGUUAAUAUACUGUUUAUAAUGUAAAUUACAUAAAAUAUAAAUAAAGUGGUAUAUAUGGAUAACGUUAUAAAAGGAAGCCAAGUUUC